AUGCACCAAUUAUCUCAAUCAGGACAACGGGAGCACGGCGGUGCCGAAACUGCUCCUCUGGUUGAUUUCGACGUUGAAAUGUGGUCUGAGGAACCUCCGCCGUGGCCUCGAGAGGCCCGAGAGAUCACUCCUACUGUCGGGGGCAUCCCUUCAAAAAUCCAAAAUCUCAUUAUUGCCACCAAGGCCCAAAACUCAUUGGCACAAGCAGACUGGCUUCGUCGUUAUCUUGGACCAGAAUCAACUGUGGCGUUUGCUCAAAAUGGCAUGAAUAAGCUCUGGCCCCCUCAUGGCUCAGCUUACAACAGGGCAAGGUACUGCUGUCAACGUCAAGGGCAGCAAUAUCUCCAGAAUCCGCUGUGGCUUGUUUGCAUAGUUAUGCAUGGCGUCGUCUCGUUGGGUCCCUUUGAAAGCAUACACGCAUCUCCAGCGGGCGUUGUCGUAGGUCCGGUCGGCACUGACCAUUCUUCUCAAGAUGUUUCCUCGUCAUAUCUGGUCAAGCAACUCCUCGAAGCUCCUCAGUUGAAUACUCGAUAUGCGCAGAGGCCAGAGUUAUGGGUCUUGCAGCUGGAAAAGCUUGUGGUUAACUCCAUCAUCAAUCCCUUAACAACCAUCUUGAGGUGCAAAAAUGGCGACCUAUUUUCAGGCAGCGAGGACGGCGAUACUGUAUCUCGCAUAAUGGACAGACUCAUUGAAGAGGCAAGCGGUGUGUUUCAGUGCCUCGUACAGUACGAUGCCAACAGCCGAGGAAUUCUGGAAGAUGUCUCUGCAGAUUCCAGUCACCUUUUGAUUGAGCGACUGAGCGUUCCAAACCUUGGUCGGAUGCUUUAUGACGUUGGGGAGGUAGUCAAGGAUAAUACAAGCUCCAUGCUACAGGACGCCCGCAUGGGAAGAACGACAGAGGUCAGGGAAUUCAAUGGGUGGUUUGUCGACACUGCCGAUUAUCUGUUAGGUCUCGAUGACGUUUCUGCCGAAACUGUCGACGUGACAUACCACACGGCAUUGAUAGAGCUGGUUGAGUCGGGAACUUCUUUGACUAGAGAUCAGCUUGGCGAGCAUCUUUCUAUCGGCUGA